AUGGCUGAUGUUCCUCCCCCAACCUCAUCCGAGCUUCUAAGGAUGGUCACCGAGCUUCAACAAGCUAACCAACGAAUGGCGGAGGACAAUCAGCGUAUGCAAAAUCAAAUCGCGCAACUGGAACAUGCUCGUCUGGAGCAUAACAAUAAUAACCAUGAACAACACGGGAAUGAUGAACGGCAAUCGAUACCAACUCAUGUCUCGGAUACCCCGCAACAUAGGGAUGACGAGGAACAACAAAAUGAAGAAGCCCAACCUGAAGAUGAGGCAGAAAACCCAGAUAACUCUGUAGGACCGUUCACAGCUGAGAUAAUGAACUUCCAGCUACCCAGACAGUUCACUCUACCGACCACACUAACCCCAUAUGACGGGCUGGGAGACCCAAAACAACAUGUUAAAAAAUUCCGAUCAAUCAUGAUCGUUAACGGUGCCUCUGAUCCUAUUUUAUGUCGAUGUUUUCCUUCUUUUUUAGAUGGUCAUGCACUUGAUUGGUUUUGUUCCUUGCCUGCAGAUUCUAUUUCACGUUUUCAGGAGUUAGCCAAGCAGUUUGAGGACCAUUUUGCAGCUUCGGCAAUAUAUCUUCACGACUCUGACUACUUAACAACCAUCAAACAGGGUCCACAGGAAAGUCUGAAGGACUACAUAACUCGGUUCACUAAGGUCGUCAUGAGUAUUCCGGACCUCCAUCCCGAGGUGCACCUCCAUGCUAUUAAAAGUGGUCUUCGUCCAGGGAAAUUCCAAGAAACCAUCGCGGUAGCUAAACCGAAAACUCUUGCCGAAUUCCGCAAAAAAGCUAGGGGACAGAUUGAUAUUGAAGAGCUUCGCCAGGCACGGAAGUCAGAAAAAUCAGCCGCUAAAGAUGACGAAAGAGCUCGGGAUACCAAGAAGGGCAAUUACCCCGAGCCCAGAAACGUCGACAAAUCUAAAUACUGCACCUUUCAUCAGAAGCAUGGUCAUACAACUGAUGAGUGUAUAAUUGCUAAAGAUCUCCUAGAGCGGUUGGCACGACAAGACCAUCUUGAUAAAUUUAUUGCAGGUCACAUUCAAAAGAGAACGGCAUCCGGCUCCGAGCAACCCUCAACAGGACAAUCAUCAAAAGAAAGGGAUAAGGCCCCAGCUCAACCACGGGGAGUAAUCAAUUGUAUUUCAGGGGGCUAUGCCGGUGGAGGAAGUACCAACUCGGCCAGAAAACGAACGUACCGAGCUAUGUUAAUGGUCGAAGGCGCUGACCAUAACUCGGCACCGAUCCCAGAGCUCCCCGAACUGACGUUUCGUCCUACUGACUUCAAUUCCGGACAUACGAACUACGACGACCCUGUAGUCGUCUCUAUCCAAUUGGGAGACCUUAUUGUUCGGAAGGCAUUGCUUGAUCCAGGAAGUAGUGCUGAUGUACUUUUUUUUGCAACAUUUCAAAAAAUGAAAUUGAGCACUAACAUUUUGCAGCCAUAUUCAGGAGACUUGGUCGGAUUCUCAGGAGAACGAGUGCCCGUUUUCAAACCUAAGGUGAAUCCGCGUGGAUCCUUCAAUUUACACCACUUUUGA